AAUGCGGUGGCCGGCUGGCGCAGGAGAGCUAUGCAUGCGUGCUAGAGCACAGUUCGCGUGCCGAAUUCUCUGUCGUCGCUACAGGUAGUACGCGAUCUUGUGAAAACAAUGAUGGCGCCGAGUGACGGAAGUAAAUCGUGUGUAAAGUGCCAAAAAACAGUUAAUAGCAGGGAAAUAGCUUUAGUGUGUGGAUUAUGGUGUAGAAAAUCAUUCCACAGUGAUUGUGUAGGCCUUAGUAACAGAGCGGCCCGUGCAGUGUCGUGUUCUAAAGAGCAAAUUAAGUUUCAUUGUGAAGCUUGCGAAAAUAGGUUAGGUAUCGAACUUGUCAGAGGAAAAGAAGCUCAUGAACCUAAAAGCUUAGAGAACAAUGUAAACAGUUGCUUACUGGAGCUUGUAGAAAAUCUUCUCAAGUUAACAUAUGAAAUAUCACAUGAUAACUCGGCAAUAAAUAGAAAGCUAGAUACAGUUCUAAGUUCAAAUGCAAGAUUGGAAGAGUAUUUAUUACAGUCCCUAAAGCGUUACGAAAAACGUAGUGGAGAAACCCCUGCCAACAGUGUAGUGUGUAAGGAAAGUGAUCCUAUUAGACGAAUAACUGAAAUUAAUGUGGUAAACGACACAACUUCACAUAACCAAAGUGGAAAUGGUAAACAAAUGUGCUGUCCAUCAGAGCAUCAACAAACUGAUAACAGUUCGCUGCAUAUUGCAAGCGAUCUCCCCAGACAUUUAACUGAUGGUCAACAACAAAACGUUGCAGAAGCAUGCAGUUCAAAUUGUCUGCAAGAGUGGGGGGUGCCUGAUGACCACAGUGGUACACAGGACGCACGAAGCAUCUUUAAAGAGUGUCUGCAGGAGUGGGAGGUGCCUGGUGACCACAAUGGUACGCAGGAUCCACUUUGCAUUAAUAAAGAGAUAUGUCCACCUUCAGCAGACUUUGCUGUGUCUGGCACAUUCAACAUUGAGAAAAUGGAGGGCGAGGAAGACGAGAAAGCAGUGAGCGAAGAUGUUGGGCAGGAAUGUUCAACUUCAGAAGAUAUUGUCGGGCCUAGCACAUUUGUUGUUGAGAAAAUUGAGAAUGAGGAAGACGAGGAGCCAGUGGAGGAAGAGGACUUCAAGGAGCUCAAACAUGAAGUACAAGUACAGCUGACAAGUAAUGGCAGUGAAUCAGAAAGCACCAGCCCUGUUGGCAUCGAGGACGCCAAGAGUCUUGAUGGCAGCUGGAAUUUGGUUACCAACGUUUCACAGGCUGCAGGAACAGGCUACAAGAUACAAUACACCACCAAAGAGAAAGUCUCCUGCGGGAAUAAAAGUGGUACAAGUUGUCUGGUGCAUUGUUGUGACAUUUGUAAAAAGAUGUUUGCAAAUUUGAGGGACCUGAAGGAUCACACAUGCAUGAUCAGAUGUACCUAUCAUUCGUGCUGUGUGUGUCCCAAGAAAUUCGCAAGGAGGAGUGAUUUGAAGAGGCAUUUCCUUGUGCACACUGGUGAACGCCCGUACAGCUGUGGCGUCUGCGGCAAGACAUUCUCGGAACGUGGCACACUGAAGCGGCAUGCGCUCUUGCACACUGGUGAACGCCCGUACAGCUGUGCCGUUUGCAGCAAGAGAUUCAUCCAACAUAAUCAAUUGAAGCAACAUUCGCGGUUGCACGCUGACGUAGGUCCCCACAUCUGUGGUCUUUGCAACAAGACGUUCAAACAUAAAAUGUCCCUGAAGCGGCACGCGCAGUUGCACACAGGCGAACGCCCGUACAGCUGUGCUGUCUGCAACAAGACAUUCACACAACUUAGUUAUCUGAAGCAGCAUUCGCUGGUGCACGCUUUCGGACGUGCUUAGAUUUGUGGUGUUUGCGAGAAGACACUCGUGGAAAACAAGCAUUUGAAGCAGCAUUUGUGGUUUCGCACUGGUGAACGCCCUUGCAGCCGUAUUGUGCGUCAUGAUAAAUACAGGGUAUCAGCAACCUGGGGGAAUACUGGACCCUGCACACUCGUACUGAACCAUACAACUGCUGCAUAUGUCAAAAGAAAUUCUCAUCUAGUUGCAUCCUGAAAAAACACUUAGUUCUUCAUGUGAUAGAACAUCAAUACCCUUGUGGUAUGCUUCUGUAAAUAUUGGCAACAAUGUACAGGCUAGAAAAACAUUUAUUUUUGUAUUUUCGUACACAGGGCAACUGAGAACUGCCUGAAAACACACUUUGUGAGAGCACAAUGACAGCAUCUACAUUGUGCCAUAAGACGUUGAAGAGUAAAAAUGGAUUAAAAUGCUUGUGAAUUCUUA